GAUGGAGACCCAGACUGUGCAGCAGGAGCUGGAAACCCUUCCAACCACCAAGAUGGCUCAAACCAACCCCAUGCCGGGGUCCGUGGGGCCAUGGAAGAUAACCAUCUACGACCAGGAGAAUUUCCAGGGCAAGAGGAUGGAGUUCACCAGCUCCUGCCCAAAUGUCUCUGAGCGCAGUUUCGAUAAUGUCCGGUCCCUCAAGGUGGAAUGUGGCGCCUGGGUUGGUUAUGAGCACACCAGCUUCUGCGGGCAACAGUUUAUCCUGGAGAGAGGAGAAUACCCUCGCUGGGACGCCUGGAGCGGGAGUAAUGCCUACCACAUUGAGCGCCUCAUGUCCUUCCGCCCCAUCUGUUCAGCUAAUCAUAAGGAGUCUAAGAUUACCAUCUUUGAGAAGGAAAACUUCAUUGGACGCCAAUGGGAGAUCUGUGAUGACUACCCCUCCUUGCAAGCCAUGGGUUGGUUCAACAACGAAGUUGGAUCCAUGAAGAUACAAUGUGGGGCCUGGGUCUGCUACCAGUAUCCUGGAUACCGUGGUUAUCAAUAUAUCUUGGAAUGUGACCAUCACGGAGGAGACUAUAAACACUGGAGGGAAUGGGGUUCUCACGCCCAGACUUCCCAGAUUCAAUCAAUUCGCCGUAUCCAACAGUAGUGGAUUAAAAGCUCCAAGUAAGAGAAACCUUGCUAAGCAAUCUAGAAUGAGUUUUAUGUUAGCUGCUGAAAUCCACAAUAAAUGUCAUUAAAAAAAAAACAAC